AGGGAGAAAAGAAAAAGGAGAAUUUUAUCGAGCCCAUUCAUUACCCUCGCUCACGGAAACGUGUUCUCGUUCCAAAAGAAGAUCGGACACCAACAUGGAUCAUUUACUUUUUGUUCCUUCCGUUCCACAGCGAUCCCAAAUCAAAUCCCCACCCCCGACUUAUUUUUAUUCCUCCCAAUCGCUCUCCCCUCUUUUUCUCGCAAUUCUUAUUAUCAUUACUAUUUAUCUCUUAUUCCUUCGUCUCAUCCGCCCCUUUUCUCUCCUCCUCUGCUUGGAUCUUCUCUCUCUGUCUCUCUCGCUCGCUCUCUCUCUCUCUCUCUCUUUUUCGGUUCCUCUUCUUGUUGUUCUUUGGUCUUCCGAAUCUCUCCGAAUCCUUCGUUCUCUCUUCCGACGACUGCUAUUUUCGUCGGGUUUUGUUGUUGUUGUUGUUGUUGCGUGCGUGCGAUGAAUCGGUGAACGGAGGGGGACGAAUCGGCCUUCUUGGCCGGCUCUUUUGCAGGAUCUAGGGUUAGGGUUUGGGUCGCAGGAGAUGGAGGUUGGGGAGGGAGGGGAGGAGAAGCCGCCGCCGCCGGAGGGGUGGAAGAAGCCGCCGGCGGAAGGCGGAGACAAGCCCCCCAAGAGGAAGAUGAAGACCCCUUACCAGUUGGAGAUCCUCGAGAAGACCUACGCCGUGGAGGCGUAUCCGUCGGAGACGCUGCGGGCUGAGUUGUCGGUGAAGACUGGCCUCUCGGAUCGGCAGCUCCAGAUGUGGUUCUGCCAUCGGAGGCUCAAGGACAGGAAGUUCCCGCCGACGAGGAGGCAGCGGAGGGACGAUGACUCGUUGCCACUGACGCCACCACCGCCGGUGCUGCCGCCUCCCAAUGACAUGUUAUCCUCGGAGUCCGGGGGUGUUGGGUUGAGCUCCAGCCCCUUCAGUGGAGGGCUCGGUAGCAGCGGGGAGUCCAGGAGGCCAGUUCCAAGGGCAGCUGCGAGGAUUGGUACAGAUAUGUCAGCUCUUGGGAGGCGGUAUUAUGACCCACAGGGGCUGCUGCCUGCUCCGCCCAACCAACUGACCAUGGGAGAGCUCCGGAUACUUGCAUCAGUGGAAGCACAGCUCGGGGAGCCACUGAGACAGGAUGGGCCGGUCCUUGGUGUUGAGUUCGAUCCACUGCCACCUGGUGCUUUUGGCGCACCAAUAGAAAUGCCUGCACAACAGAAUCAGACCGUGCGGCCCUAUGAUGGUAAUAUGUUUGAGAGACAUGAUGCCAAGACAAUGAAGGGGCCAAGUUUCUUGUGUAGCAUGGAACAUUUGUUAUCAAGUUCAUCAAAUGGAAAGAGGAAAACUACAGCUGGUGGUUCUCAUAUAAUCCAUCCACAAAUGGGUUCUAGAGCUCUUCAUGAAUAUCAGUUUCUUCCUGAGCAGCCAAGUGUUCGGUCAGAGGCAUAUGACAGGAUCUCUCAGUCUCACUAUUAUGAUUCUCCAGUAGAUGUUUCCAGUACCAGGGUGACAUCUUUACCUUCAGGUGGGAAAAGUUUGCAUGGAAAUGACCAGGAGGCACCAAGUUAUACUUUUCAAGGUCAAAUGUCGAGUGCCAGCCUUUUAUCUCAUCAAGGCAGGCAGCAAACUAUUCCUUCUAUCUCAACAGACUGUGACAGUACACACAGUAACUCCUUUCAAGUUCCUGCAAGUGAUACUCAAUUUGGUACACAUCAAGCUAUGGGACUAGAAAACCCAUAUCUGUCAUCUGAUAGGAGGAUUCUUCGUGAUGAAGAUUUUUCUAGAUUGGAGAGGAAACGCAAGUGUGAUGAAGCAAGGAUUGCUAAGGAGGUUGAAGCCCAUGAGAAGCGAAUUAGGAAAGAGCUUGAGAAACAAGAUGUUUUGAGGCGAAAGAGGGAAGAACAAAUGCGGAGGGAAAUGGAGAGACAUGAUCGCGAAAGAAGAAAGGAAGAAGAGCGGAUGAUGCGCGAAAAGCAACGUGAGGAAGAGAGAUUUCAACGUGAACAAAGGCGUGAAAAUGAACGCAGGGAGAAGUUCUUGCUUAAGGAAUCCCGGAGAGCUGAGAAGUUGAGGCAGAAAGAAGAAUUGAGGCGUGAGAAGGAGGCAGCCAGACUAAAAGCUGCAACUGAGAGGGCUACUGCCCGCAGGAUUGCAAGGGAGUAUAUGGAACUUAUCGAGGAUGAGCGUUUGGAGUUAAUGGAGUUGGCUACAGCAAGAAAGGGAUUCUCCUCAAUUUUCGCUCUCGACAGUGAUACUUUGCAACAACUUGACUCAUUCAAAAUUUUAACUGCAGGUAUGUUGAGUGCAUUCCCACCAAGUUCUGUAAGAUUAAAAAGGCCUUUUGCAGUUCAACCUUGGGCUGAUUCUGAUGUGAACAUAGCAAACCUUCUUAUGGUUUGGAAGUUCUUAAUUACUUUUGCUGAUGUACUUGGACUUUGGCCAUUCACUCUAGAUGAGUUUGUGCAAGCUCUCCAUGAUUAUGACUCUAGACUUUUAGGAGAAAUACAUGUUGCUUUACUUAAAUCCAUAAUCAAGGACAUCGAGGAUGUUGCAAGGACUCCUGCUAUGACACUUGGGGCUAGUCAAAGUAGUACUGCUAACCCAGGUGGUGGUCAUCCACAUAUCAUUGAGGGGGCAUAUGCAUGGGGUUUCAACAUUCGCAGUUGGCAGCGCCAUUUGAAUUACUUAACAUGGCCUGAGAUAUUGCGACAAUUUGCUUUGUCAGCUGGAUUUGGGCCUCAACUGAAGAAAAGAAAUGUUGAACGUGUAUGUUUCCCGGAUGAGCAUGAGGGUAACGAUGGGGAGGACAUUAUUUCCAUCUUACGAAAUGGUUCAGCAGCUGAAAGUGCUGCUGCUUUGAUGCAAGAAAGGGGCUAUACUCAUCGACGUAGAUCUCGGCAUCGUUUGACUCCUGGAACAGUCAAGUUUGCUGCUUUUCAUGUUCUUUCUCUCGAGGGAAGCAGAGGCUUGACAAUACUAGAAGUUGCAGACAAGAUUCAGAAAUCAGGAUUGAGGGACCUAACCACAAGCAAGACACCAGAGGCAUCUAUUGCUGCAGCAUUAUCACGUGACACAAAACUUUUUGAAAGAACUGCUCCUUCAACGUAUUGUGUAAGGUCCCCAUAUAGGAAAGAUCCUGCUGAGGCGGAUGCAGUACUAUCUGCUGCUCGGGAAAAGAUACAAGUAUUUCAAAGUGCACUCUCAGACUCUGAGGGAGCUGAAAAGGAUACAGAAGAUGCAGAUGAUGCAGAAAGAGAUGAAGAUUCAGAAGGUGAUGCUGCUGAUGAUCCUGAAGUUGAUGAUGCUAGCAUUGAUGCAAAACUAGAUAAAGAUGAUCCUUUCACAAGUGAGUUAAAAGAUUCUAAGGCAUCGACUCUACUGGGUAAGGAAACAGGGGGAGAGAUUGGAGUAAUUCCACAAACUAAUUUUGGCAAUGUGGAAAAAGGUCCAACCAUUCCUUCAGAGAACUCAAGAACUGCGAGCACUUCGCAUGCAUCUCAGCUUCCUGAUGCCAAUUCAAACUUCCAUGAAGAAAAUAAUACUGACAUGGAGGAGACAGAGAUUGAUGAAAACAACUUUGGUGAACCAUGGGUUCAGGGAUUAUCUGAAAGUGAUUAUUAUGAACUGAGCGUUGAAGAGCGCAUAAAUGCACUUGUUGCUUUGAUAGGAGUGGCUAUUGAAGGAAAUUCAAUACGUGUAGUUCUUGAGGAACGUUUGGAAGCCGCAAGUGCUCUUAAAAAACAAAUGUGGGCAGAGGCACAGCUUGAUAAAAGGCGGUUUAGAGAGGAGUAUUCUAGCAGAUUACAAAGUGCUGCUUUUGGUGGUUACAAGGCUGAGACAGCCCUAACUAAUGGUGCAAGAGAGGAAAGCCAAACUCCACUAGACAAUGUUGAUAAGAGUAAUGAUGGUAAUCUAGAAGCAAUUAACAAUGAGCGGUUUCUUGAGCAGAAUCAGGUUAAUUAUGGUAAUAUGUCUGUGGGACAAGAACUUACAUGUGCAGAUGUCCUUCCAGUUCAGCACUAUGGAUAUGCUACUGAAAGGUCACGUUCACAGUUAAAAUCAUUUAUUGGUCACAAGGCAGAGCAACUCUAUGUAUAUCGGUCAUUACCCCUAGGUCAAGACCGCAGGCGUAAUCGGUAUUGGCAAUUUUCGACAUCUUCUUCACCAAAUGAUCCUGGCUCCGGGAGAAUAUUUUUUGAAUCCAAAGAUGGCCAUUGGAGGCUUAUUGACUCAGAGGAGGUGUUUGAUGCUCUUUUAGCUGCUUUGGAUACACGUGGGAUCAGAGAGUCACAUUUGCAUUCAAUGUUGCAAAGAGUGGAAACAACCUUUAAAGAAGCCAUUAGGAGGAGUAAGAAAUCUUUCAACUCUGCAGUGUCAGUUGGUGACCAUGUCAAAAUAGGGGUGCCCAAGAUGAUGGUAAGUCCAGACUGCAGCAUGGAACUCGACAGUCCCAGCAGUACCCUCUGCGGUCUUGCUUCUGAUGCUUUAGAGAAGUCAACAUCUUUCAAAAUUGAACUUGGGCGGAAUGAAGUUGAGAAAACUGCUGCCUUGAAGAGAUACGAAGGUUUCUUGAGAUGGAUGUGGAAAGAAUGUUAUAAUCCUUACAUGUUAUGUGCCAUGAAAUAUGGGAAAAAAAGAUGCUCAGAGUUGCUUCAUACUUGCAAUUCUUGCUUCCAGUCCUUUUUAGCUGAAGAAAGGCAUUGUCCUUUUUGCCACAAGACAUUUAAGGCCUUUCACAACUCUGAUGCAAUUUUGUCAGAGCAUGUGGCUUUGUGUGAAACAAAAAGAAAGUCAGACCCUGACUGGAAACCCCAACUCUCUGACUCUACUCUUCCCAUUGGAAUCCGAUUGCUUAAAGCACAGUUAUCCAUGAUUGAGGUUUCAAUUCCAGCAGAAGCUCUUCAGGCUUUUUGGACAGAGGGAUAUAGGAAAUCAUGGGCUGUGAAAUUGCACUCUUCAUCUUCGGCUGAGGAACUCUUUCAGAUUCUGACUUUGUUGGAGAGUGCAAUAAAACAGGAUUUUCUAUCUUCAAAUUUUGAAACCACAACUGAACUGCUGAGUUCUACUGCACGAGUUGCUUCAGAGAUUAUUGCUGCUCACUCGGGAUCAAUUCCUGUACUACCAUGGGUGCCUGAUACUUCAGCUGCUGUGGCUUUGCGGUUGUUAGAUCUUGAUUCCUCAAUUUCUUAUAUGCUGCAACAGAAGCUGGAGUAUCAUAAAGAAAAGGAAGGAGAUUAUAUUAAACUUCCAUCACGAUAUGCAGUUGUUAAUAACAUGCAAGAGGUAGAGCCAAUGGGAACACCUGAUCAACUUGACUAUCAUAAUGAUGGGAGAUGGCUGGAUACUGGAAGUGGAUACAGGGGCCGAGGCAGAGGUAGUCGCGGACGUGGAGGCCGGGGCCGUGGCCGAGGAGGAAGAGGGUUGAGAGGGAGUGGAAGUUCUUCUAGGGUUGAAUUUAGGACUGAUAAUAUUGGUAGUUUCGAGAAGGCCACAAGAAAAUAUACUAGAAGAGGGCGAACACGUGGCCGUGGUCGUAGGCGUGGCCGUCGAACCAUUAGACCUAGACAAAGAUCUGACAACAGGGUAGCUACAAUUGAUAAAAGAUCUCUUUUGGGCAGUUUUAUCACUGCAGAUAGCAGCUCUAAUCAGGCAAGGAUAGAGGAGUCUCCUGCGAGCUCAGGUGGAGAAGAGUGGGGUCUUGGUGAAGAUGCUGGAAAAACAUAUGUUGAAGAGGAUGAUAACAGUGCGGGCUUCGAGUCUGAUGAAAACGGCCGAGCUUCAGGAGAUGAAUAUGAUGAUCAGGCAGCAGACUCAGCUAGAGAUGACUAUGAUGAGGGCAAGUCCACGGGACUAAUUGAUGAUGAAACUGAAGAGGAGGAUGGUGGAGACAUGGUGGAUGAAGAGGGUGAAGAGGAUGAUGUGGGUGGUGGACAUGAUUUGGAUGCUUAUAUGGACGAUGACGAUGAUGAUGAGAUGAGAGAUAAUCCGGAGGAUGUCGGGGAUGCAGAAGGGAAUGGAGAUGAAGAUGAGGGAGCAUCAUCAUUUUCUUCGGAGUACAGUGAUUAGGAGGUUUAACACUUUUCAUCAUGUGUGGAGCAGUCGUGGUAUUGAUUAUAUAGAAUGACGAUGGUCUCCUCAGACGUGUUGGUGCUAGAAGCAGUCUAUGUUUUCUUCCUUUCUUCUAUAAGCCAACUGCCUGCACUGGAAACAGCACCGCGGGACACAGCUAUAAUUCGCUAUUAAUUUAUCGGUUGCCGUUCAUCAGGCCAACAAGCUUUGUGGUGAUUGCACCCUCAUCAUAUGGUGUUAAACUUGAUGGAAAUUUCUUGAGUUGCGAAGGUGGAUUAGAAACUUGGGAUAAAAGUUGAAAGGAAGAUGAGCGAGCCUGCCCAGUCUUUCCAGUUUCUGAUUACUUGUACAAAUGGUAACUGAACUAGAAGUUGAUCCCAAUUCAUCCUGAUCAUGAUGUAGAGCUUUAUAGCUCCCCGGCAGUUCCACUUCCUAUAUCCUAUCUAUUAGAACUGGAUUAAUAUCCUUCAUCAUCUAGCAUGUAGUCCUAGCGAUCGACAGCAUUAUCUCAAAUGAAGCUCGUGUCUUUUUGCUCGUUUAUCUGACUUGGAGCUGUUUGAAACAAUA